GUCACAUGAAGCACAUCUUUAUUAUCGUAAUCUCCAGUGACUUCAAUUGGUGGUGUGCGGUGACGGACGUCCCAGGAUCAAACGCUCGCCGCCAAGUGUGCAGCUCCGCGAGCCCGCUGACCGACUGCACCACACGGAUCUGCCCGGUCGGGGAAGGUGUCUUUGAGUCGUCGGGACCAGCUGUUUCCGAGAUGGCAUUAGCUAAAGAUCCACAGAGCAGUCCGGAGCAGGACGCAGCUGACCAGAACUUUGACUACAUGUUCAAGUUGCUGAUCAUCGGAAACAGCAGUGUGGGAAAGACGUCCUUCCUAUUCCGCUUUGCAGACGACUCCUUCACGUCGGCCUUUGUCAGCACCGUCGGCAUCGACUUUAAAGUGAAGACCAUCCACAGGAACAACAAGCGAGUGAAGCUUCAGAUCUGGGACACUGCGGGCCAGGAGCGCUACAGAACCAUUACGACAGCCUACUACAGAGGAGCCAUGGGAUUCCUGCUCAUGUAUGACAUCACAAGCCAGGAAUCUUUCUGCACUAUUCAGGACUGGGCCACGCAGAUCAAGACGUAUUCAUGGGACAACGCUCAGGUGGUACUGGUUGGCAAUAAGCUGGACUUGGAGGAAGACCGCCAAGUUCCCACCGAAGAAGCUGAGAGACUUGCUAAAGAGCUAGGCUUCCAGUUCUUCGAGGCCAGUGCCAAAGACAACAUCAACGUCAAGCAAGUGUUUGAUAAACUGGUGGAUGUGAUCUGUGAGAAGAUGAAUGAUGGGGACAACAUGGACGCCACUCCAGCCAACCACAGAGGAACAGCAUUAAAGGAAGUGCCCCAGAACAACCAGGGAGGCUGUGCAUGCUGACUCCUGUCUGACCCUUUAGGUUAUAGUAAAACUGACUCCUCAAUGUUUUAGUCCCUGCUGUUCACCAGGACCCUGCAAAAUCUGCUGAUAUUCUAAUGUGACUGUCGCACGUAUCUGCCAAUGAGCUGGUCAGAGCUGCUGUGCCUUUGACACAUAUCCUGUUUACACAGUCGUCUGUGCGAAAAGCAUCUGUUGCUGGCGCAAAUGUUCACAGAGGAGUCAUCUGCUUGUGUAGUAGCUCCCUCUUGUGGCUGAUUUCCGGCAAUGCCUCACAGUGACUGAGCAGACUGUUAAAAUGUGCAUUAUAAAGUUGCUUUAAAACGCGUUCAUAGCCCUGUCUCCUUUUUUUAAGUACAGGUGUUUAUAGCCAAUCCUAAAAUGUUAUUGUCAA